AUGACACCGAAAGAAGUGGCCAGGGACUCACAAUACCAGCGAAACCUUGAAUUUGACAACCUGUGGGAUGUGGUGCACUUGGAUGAGAAAAUGCUCAAUGCCGACAAGGAUCAUCAGAAGGUGUACCUGGUCCCCGGCGAGGCCCCGCCAUGGCGUGCAUGGAAGAGCAAACGAUUCAUCCCCAAGGUGAUGUUCUUGGCCGCAGUCGCUCGUCCGCGCUUCGAUACAGACCGCGGUGUUGUCUUCAAUGGCAAGAUCGGCAUGUGGACGUUCUCUCGCCUACUUCCAGCUGCCCGCAACUCACGCAACCGACCAGCUGGGACAAUCCUCACAAGAUUGGUCAACGUUGACACCGCUGUGUACUGCAAAUACGUGUUGAACAAGGUCGUAGCUGCCAUCAAAGUGUCAUUCCCAAGUGUGAACAAGGUGACCUUCCAGGCAGUGAUGAGUUUGAUCCUCGAGCACUCCGGCGGCAAUGGUUAUGUGUUGCCUCCACUGAAGGAGGCGGCCUUGAGACGCUCCGGUCUCCUGAUGUCCAAUGAUUCGUGA